CUUCCUUUUCCUUUCUCUUCCUUGGUCCUCCUCUCCCAUCUUCUCCUCGCUUCAGCUGUCGUCCCCCUCCGCGUCCUCCUCCUCCUCUAUCUCUCUUAUCUCCAUUUAACGUCUAAACCUCUUCUUUAUUCUCUCUUCCUAUUCCAUCAAGCGCUUAAUCAAUAAGCAUAUAUUUGCAUGUUCUUUCAAAGAAUACUCACACGGGAAUACUCACAUGGGUUAGGGUAGCAGCAGAUGUAAAAGAUCUGCUCUUGGAGCUGGGAUUUUGAGUAUUUUCCUCCUCAAGCCGGACUUCGCCUCCUCUUAUUCCUCUUGUUGUUAUCUUUUCAGCUCAGCAACAUUCCAUUUUUUGAUCUCUCUUUUCCGGGCUCUACUUUAGGGUUAGCCUCCACCCAAGUAUUCCUGUCUAGCAAAGCUGAUAUUUUUCUCUCUCUCUCUCUUGUUCCUUCCCUUUUUUUUUUUGCCCCCUCCCCUUCCCCUUUCUCCGGAUAUAUGGAUCCUUUUCAUGGGGUUUUUGGGUUCACAGAUACCUACCUAUCUACAUCUACAUGACCAUAUAUCUCUAAUUUGCACAAAUUCAUAAUCUCAGCCGUCACUAUCUUGCAACUACUCGCACUCUUUCCUAAAAAGAUUUCAUCUUUUACAUCUCUACACUCAGCUUAGGCCGAGUUGUUCUGGUGUUGUUAUCAAAUGUCGACGGUGGAUGACAAAGAGGAUCAAAUAUCAGAGUCAAUCAAGAAAGAGCAUCCUGAUCACAAAUCCAGUGUUCUUGGAGAUCAUGGGGAGCUUUGGAUAAAGCUCAAGAUCAAUCCUUCUUCCGACGAAGACGGUGAUGAAGAAGAAGAAGAAGAUUUUGAAAAGGAUCAGCCGGAGCGGCCCCCACAAAGCAAGACCAAGAGCAAUAGUAAUACUAGAAUUUGUCAGGUGUGUAGCAAGGUGUUUGGAUCAGGUAAAGCAUUGGGUGGUCACAUGAGGAUUCACUUCCAAACCAACAAAGACGUGAUUUUUAGGAAAAAGUUGAUCAAAUGCAGCCAGCAGGAACCUUUAAUCAAGCUGAAGAAGAAAAGGAAACGACAAGCGUACGCAGCAGCUGCAGCAGCAGAUUUUGCCAAGAACAAGGAUCUUUGGAAAAUCAAGUCAUCUUCCAGUGAUCAUGAUAGUGCUGUCGCCGGUUUCAACAAGAACAAUACUAAUCCCACUUGUUCUAUCUGUGGUAAGAAUUUUCCUUCGAUGAAGUCAUUGUUUGGGCACAUGAGAUGUCAUCCCGAUAGGGAAUGGAGAGGGAUUCAACCGCCAUCUUGGGCCGCCGUCAAGCCAAGCCCAUCGUCUUCCGUUUCGGACGCUGAGCCUCAAAAGACUGAUGUAGAUGAUGAUGAUUAUCAACACCAUCAGGUGGAUUCAGCUGAUGGUGACGGCGAUCAAACGGUUGAUUUAACCAAGACGUUGGGUGGUUGGUCGGUAACUGCCAAGAGGGGCCGUAAGGCCAUUGUGGAGAAUAUUGAAGAAGAUGAGGGGAUGCGUGAUGCUGUUUAUCAUCUUAUGAGUUUAGCCCAAGGGGGGGAUUCUUCAUCUGAUGUUAAGCUGCAAGUCAAGAAUAGGCAUAAAUUUGAGGAAUUUGAGGCAACUAAUAGCAAUUCCCUUGCCUACAAGUCUGAAAAUGACGAGGACCUCAUGACCAAGAGUGCUCCGGGGUCGAAGAAGAAAAGAAAAAAAGAGUCUUCAGCUGAUCAUCCCGUGAAAGAGCUCAGAAAUGAAGGUAGGAAACUUGAUGGCAUUCAUUUGGAUUAUAUGAUUAAUAUGGGCGAGAACAGUGCUGAAGCUGUGAAAGAAACUGACCUUUUUGCUGGAAAGUUAGCUAAUUUAGACUGUCAGUGGGAGGAGGAAAAUACUUGGCCUAAGGAGCCUAAGGACUAUUACGCAGACAAGGAUUGCUCGGACAGCGAGAACACCUUAGACGACCGGCUGUUGAUCGAUCGCAAAAAUGAUGAGAGAAGUAAUGGGAACGUGAUUGCUGUCAAGAGCAGGAAGAAGAGGAAAAGGAUGAAGCUGAGGGAUCUUGAUCAGUUUAACCCGGUUUUGACAUUGACAACAUCUCUUGAGAAAUACAGGUGCACCACUUGUGACAAGUGCUUCCCCACUCACCAGGCUUUGGGAGGACACAGGUCCAGCCAUAACAAAUUCAGGAUGGUCAUCCAAAAUUCCUAUGGUGAGUCCACAUUUGCAGCUGCAACUGAUGAAUAUGGAACUCUUGGCAAUUAUACCCCAAACCCAGGGGUGGAUGAAAGCAAAGAAAGUGAUGAAGGGGCAGCUAGCUCACAUGAAUGCAGGAUUGGCAACAAGAAAUUUCUCACAGGUCAGGCCCUUGGAGGUCACAAAAGAUGUCACUGGCCAGCUGCGGGUCAAAUGGAAGGUCCAUCAAGCCAGGUUACUUCAGCUGGUGAAGUAAGCGGCACCGAUCGUAGAGUAAUGGAAUUUGACCUCAAUGAGGUGCCCCCAUUGGAGGAAGAUGCUGGUGUUGAGUGUGAUCAUGCUGCCGGAUAUGGCUGUGCCUCUUCGUCUUUUAACUCGGUCGAAUUUCAGGGCUUGUGUGCCUAAGGUUGUAGGACAUAACAAGGUCGGGACCUGGGGACUUUGGCAACUGAGAGGUCAGUGCUGCAUAAUUUGGUAGUUGGCGGUAUAGUUGGGUUAUGUUUGAUUGAUCUAGAUUUAUUUCUUCCGAUAACGCAGGCGGGACUAUUGUGGUAGUGACCAUUUUGGUUGUUUCUUGUUUUCUGUGAUGGGGUCUUCAGUCUUGGAGACUUUCGUCUUUAGUGUCUUUCUGCACCUUGAGAAAGCAGAAUAGUCCAACUAAGCUAGCUCGCCAAGAAGGAAAGAAAGCGAAAAGGUUUUCCUUUCUGUUUUCUUGGUAAUUGGUAUGAUGGUGCUAGGGGCUGCUUACUUUUCAACUGUGAAGCCUUUUCCAUUAAAUCUCAUAGUUUCGAUUAA